CAUAGCUGUCUUUCAUUCGAAGGAUUUAACACACUAGACUGAUCUAUCAUUUACUAUAAAAUAAGCAAAUCCGAGACGGUAGUUUAUAAAGAGACAAAAUGUUUUCCAGGGCACAUUUGCUAAUAGAACGAGAAUAUGAAAAACUUUGUGAAGCCCCACCUUGGGGAAUAGAAGCCAGACCACUAAAAGAUGACAACAUAUUUGAAUGGGCAGCCAAAAUUAAAGGUUUAAAGAACACAUUAUGGCAAGGUGGCAUAUUUCGUGUGUAUGUGAAGUUUGAUGAGCACUUUAGCCAAAAACCUCCUGAAAUCUGUUUCCACACCAUUCCGUUUCAUCCUAAUGUGGAUAUGAUUACUGGCCGUCCAUGUAUAGACUUCCUCGACGAUCUUUCCAAGUGGAAGGAAUCCUACAGUUUAUCAUACAUUCUCAUCACUAUACAGAAUCUUUUAGCCAAUCCAAACCUUAUAAAACCUGUGAAUCCAGAGGCUGCUGAGAUGAUAAUACACUCUCCUCAUGCUUACAAACAGAUGGUACUAGACUGUGUCGCCUCUAGUCAAAGGGUAGACGCUGGUGUGACAUCUCAUCAUGAUAUGGAAUCAAGGGUGAGGUUCACCACCCCUGAGAAGAUACCCACGAGACAGCCCACACAACGGACGGCAGGUUCUCGGAUAUCACGUCUGUCAUUUGAUGAUUACCACACCACUUGGUGUGGCAUUGCUACCUCUAAAUCUACGCCAGAAAUGAAAAAUCCAUUGCUGGAAUCCAUCAAAGAUCAGCCCUUGCUGCAGAAAGCUCACUUAGGUCUCCCACAAGAAGAAAUAGAGGAACAAAUGAAAAGACAAAUUGAAGAGCAUGAUGAUUUGAUGUACGGAAAGUUCACAGAUAAACCAGUGGCAGAGGAUGAGAAAGCAGCAAAGAUGGCCAAACUGAACAGAAUGAGAAAAAUAUAUCUUCCUCCUAGAAUAUCCCCGACUCCUUCAGCUGUCCCACCUCCCAGUACAGGGAAGAGAGAUGAUCCGUUGGAUGAAGAAGUGGAGGACUUGUUAGCAUGGUCUUCUAAACUAGAUGCCACUACAGUAGAUACAUGACAAUACAAAUCUGUAGUUCUAUAAUACAGUUUCUGUAAUCAUCACACAUGUUGUGGUGAGAUGUCCCAUAGCAUACAGUUACAAUGUUAACACAAACUGUAUAACUGUUCAUGUUAUCAACAGGUCAUGAUGGUCCCUGUACUUUGACUCAUAUGGAAUUCUGGAUUUUCUUUUCACAAGUAACUAUAUUAAGAGAAAUAUUUCUACAUUUGUAAUGCAAGAAAUAUGUGUACCUUUGAAUAUAGUGAUAAUUGUUUUAUUCACAGGGUCACAGGAACAUUUAUCAGUUGGUUUGGUUUUUUCUCAGGACAUCAAAAUUAUAGUAGAGUGUAUUAUCUAUGUCCGUCCAUCCCAUCACAUCACAUCCUGUCCAAUUCAGAAUCAAAGUUUUAUUUUAAGAACUUUUAAACACACUUGUUUCAUAUUUACCCCCAUUAGUACCACAGCAUUAAAGUCUAAACCUUAUCAUAUUAAGAUGAUUGUCAGUCAAGGUUAAAGGUCAAAGGUUGCAUUUGACAACUUUUACAAAUUCAUCAGUUAAUGAUACAUCUAUAUAUGGAGGCAGGGGCAUUUUCUAGUUUAAGGUAAACAUUGAUUCAUCGUCUCCUUUUCUGAAGUUAUGAUAAUCAUUAUGUAUUUUGUCAUUAUAUUUUUUAGCUACACAUA